UAUUUUCUCCCCAAACCAUGAUACCAACAGUGCUGAGCAACUACAUCCCCACAAUCAAUGGCGUGAAGGAAUGGAUGCCGAACGGCGAUGACCCGUUCCUGAGCGAGGUCAUCGACGAGAAGCAGUCCAAGGCCGUGCCUAAGAGAUGGCACUGGCCGUUCGCCAUCGGCAUCAUGACCGCCGAGGCAGUCGCAAUAUGCGCGCGCAACACCGCCUGGUUCAUGAUCCUGUACGGGAUUCUCUCGGGCCUGCUGUGGGCGCACCGCGCCUACAAGGCGUCGUAUCCGCUGGAGCUAUUCCUGGCUGUGUUCGGCGCGUCGUCAAUCCAGGGCUCGAUUAUCUGGUGGGUGCAGAACCACCGGCUGCACCACCGGUACACGGACACGGAGCGCGACCCGUACAAUAUCAAGCGCGGGUUCUGGUACGCGCACCAUGGCUGGAUUAUUUUCCGCCGGAAGGAGUCCGAGCUGGGCUAUGCGGAAAUGUCCGAUCUGUAUGCGAACAAGAUCGUCAACUGGCAGUACAACUACUAUUUCUACAUCUGCGGCAUGACUUCGCUCGUCCUGCCGACGUGCAUCUGCGGGUAUUUCUUCAAUGACUGGGUAGGCGGCUUUCUUCUGGGGCGCCUGUCGCCCGCCUCGUCGGCGUCCAGCAGGUCACCUUCUGCUGUCAACUCGGUUGCGCACACCUUCGGUACCCAGCCGUACAGCGACGAGCAGACCCCGCGCGACAACUUCCUCACCGGCAUUAUCACAUUAGGCGAGGGCUACCACAACUUCCACCAUGCGUUCCCCAACGACUACCGCAAUGGCGUGCGCUGGUACGAUGUCGACCUGACAAAGUGGAUCCUGUGGGUGUGCGAGCAGCUCGGCCUCGCCAAGGACCUGAAGCGCUUCCCGCGCAAUGAGAUCAUGAAGGGCCGCGCCACCAUGAAGCUCAAGAACGCUGAAAAGUUCGCCAAGAAAAUCGACUACGGCAAGCCCAUCGACGAGCUGCCCAUGUUCACCGAGUCUGAGUUUCGUGGCAAGAGGUGGAUCGUCAUCGAGGGCUUCAUCUACAAUCUCAUCAAGAGCGGUAUUGGCAAGGACAUGACCCAUGGCAUUCAACGGCG